ACCUAAACAUCCUAGCCCCAGCCCCGGCCCGUAAGCCACUUCCGUGCCUUUUCUCCGCCUUGAAAGCGCACUAUCACCGGUGGGACUAGCUCAAGAAAGGCACUGACACCGAUGCUUGCGAUGCACGAGGAAACUCUAAUAGUUCUUAUAUAACCCAAAAAGUAAAAAGAGACAAGAACCACUCUCUUUUCUCUGCAAGAUCUGCAACACUGUAGCGUUUUCUCGUUUCAUCUGCAGGACAUCAACCAUGAAAGUGACAAGCUUCGUUACAGCCGCUGCGGCGUUCUCCACUGCCCAGGCGUAUGCCACUACCUCUAGCUGUAAAUGCUUUCCUGGUGAUGCUUGCUGGCCUUCGGAUAACCAAUGGAAGAGUCUCAACACGACUGUCAAUGGUCGUUUGAUCAAGACUGUUCCUUUGGGGUCGCCUUGUCACGAUCCUACGUACGAUGCUGCUCAGUGCAAGUACCUUCAGGACCAAUGGCAACAUCCUGGUAUCCACAUGAACUCCUCGUCGUCGGUCAUGGCGCCUUGGUUCGCUAACCAGAGCUGCGAUCCCUUCCAACCUGAGUCUCGUGCCUGUGAACUAGGAAACUAUGUUCGCUAUGCCGUUGAGGCCCAGACCAAUGCUGAUGUUGUCAACACCAUCAACUUUGCUCGCAACAACAAUAUCCGCUUCGUCAUCCGCAACACCGGUCACGACUACAUUGGAAGAUCCACUGGUGCCGGCGCCCUCUCUGUCUGGACCCAUCGUCUUAAGGACAUCCAGUUCAAGGAUUACAACGCCAACGGAUACAAGGGCAAGGCUGUUACUCUUGGUGCUGGUGUCCAAGGCUUUGACAUCCUCAAGGCUGGAAACGAUGCUGGAUAUGUUGUCAUCGGCGGUGAGUGCCCUACCGUUGGUGUCACUGGUGGCUAUACCCAAGGCGGUGGCCACUCCGCUCUCAGCACAAGCUUUGGUCUAUCUGCGCAGAACACUCUUGAGUUUGAAGUCGUCACAGCAGACUCUGGUGUUGUCACUGCUUCUCCCACCAAGAACUCUGAUCUCUUCUGGGCUCUGAACGGUGGUGGGGGCGGUAACUGGGGUGUUGUUCUGUCCAUGACCGUUAAGGCCUUCCCCGAUGCCAAGGUUGGCGCUGCUACCCUUGCCUUCUUCAACACCAACAACGAUCAGGCUACCUUCUACAAGGCUAUUGAAACUUUCCACUCUAAGCUCCCUGCCAUGGUUGAUGCUGGAUCUAUGGUGGUCUACUACUUCACCAACACUUUCUUCCAGAUUGCUCCUUUGACCGCCUUUGGCAAGUCUCAAGAUGAGGUUCAGACUCUUCUCGCACCUUUUGUCGACUCGCUUGAUGGCAUGGGCGUAAACUACACCGUCAAGUACAGCCAGUCAGCAAACUACUACAACCACUACGACACCUACUUCGGCCCUCUCCCCAUUGGCAACAUCCAAGUCGGCAUCGCCCAGUACGGUGGCCGCUUGAUCCCCCGCGACACCAUCGUCAACAACAACGAGGACCUCACCCAAGCUGCCAUCAGCAUCGUCGAGCAAGGCGUGACAUGGAUCGGUGUCGGCACCAACGUCGCACCCUUCAGCAACCCCCAGAAGCAGUCCCUCCUGCCAGCCUGGAACAAGGCCCUGGUGCACGCCACCCUCACAACACCAUGGAACUUCACUGCUCCCUGGUCAGAGAUGUUGGAUCUUCAGAACCUCAUGACUGAUACAAUCAUGCCCGAGAUUGAAGCUGUCACGCCCGGCAGUGGCGCGUACAUGAACGAGGCGGACUUCCGCCAGCCCAACUUCCAGUCGGAGUUCUUUGGAGCCAAUUACAACAAGUUAUUGUCUGUGAAGGCUAAGUGGGAUAAACAGGGAUUCUUCUAUGCCAGGAAUGCAGUUGGCAGCGAGCAAUGGACCGUUAGUGAUAACGGCCGAAUGUGUCGGCCAAAGUAUUAAGCAAACACUUGUGCAAUCGGACUGCGUACACAUGAACCGACAGGCAGUACCAAUAAGACGAGUGGUUAAUUAUAAUAGUACUUUGCUUCUUAAUAUAUAAUCCAACGCACUAAUUCAGCGAGAGCAUACCAUCUGAGCCCUAAGGUUAGACAAUGCAUUUCUGCGCAGCCCUAUGUCAACAGUCUUAAUCCCCCCUUGCGACGGCCGCCACUACAAUUCCUCCCCCGCCAAGCUCUUGAGACCGGAUCGGAAAACCCGGCUGAGACAGUGGCGUUAGUGCUCUCUUAAAAGGCUACUUUAUCGUAGGGCGCAUCAUCUCCCUGAUUUUCUUGGCUGUCUUAU